AUGAUACGAAGAUUAUCAAACUCAGCAUCAAGUUUUUUCAAUUCAAGUAAUAGAACAGAAGAAAGUUUGGUAGAAGGAAUAGAAGACGAUAUAUUAGACAUAGGAAAUUCAAAUUAUGUUGAAGAAAUGUUUGGAGCCAAACAAUUAAGCCAUGCCAUGACCUCAAAAACUAGUGAUGAAGAAGAACAAACCCCGCAGCUUUAUACAGGACAACAAGAAAGUUCUAAUGGGACCCACGAAUCAAAAGUAGACUUGACUGGUGAUAGUACCACUCCAACUCCUACCCAACAACAAGCUGUUCAAAGAAGGAAAAGUUCAAUUGCAAGUGUUUUCACCAAUAAGAAAUAUAGUUUCUGGGAUAAAGAGUUCAAAUCAGAAAGAAUUAAGAUUGGGUUGCAAGUUUUGGAGAAUUAUGUAUAUUUAGUGCUUGGGUUUGCUGCUGUGUUAUGUAUUUAUACCGGAUCUUAUUAUAAUAGAAAUUCUCGAUUUAAAAAUUUGAAAAUGGCAAUCAUGAUUGGUGAUAGAAAUUCCACUCAAUUGCCUAACAUUGUGGGACAAACGAUCGAAGGUUAUUUCACCAAAGUUCCAGCACUUCAAGCAUUAGGGAAUUUUGAUAUAUGGGAUUAUGAUAGAUUGUCCAAUUUAGCUACAUCUCAUAACAACACAUUGACUGAAGAAGUGUAUCGACAAAUUCAUCACCAAAAAUAUUGGGCGGCUUUUUAUGUCUAUGAAAAUGCCACAUUAAAUUGGUAUCAAGCAUUAGCCAGUGGUUCAAGAACUUUUAAUCCUACAAAUUCGUUGAUGGAAGUUGUAUACGAAACAGGAAGAGAUUAUAAUGCUGUCAACAAUUAUAUUGUCACCAUUGUUGGACAAAUCUUACGUGGAUAUUAUAAGUUUGCUCCUCAAAGUGGAUUAGUUGCCAAUAUGUUGAAAACGUUGAAUUCAACUCAAGCAAAUAACGUCAUCAAUAAUGCGCCUCAAUUGAUUUCUACCAUUCCUACAUUUGCCAUCCAGGAUUUACAUCCAGUUCCUAAUCCAGUAUUUUCUGCUACUAUGCAAUUGGCUGGUGUCUAUCUUAUUGUGCUCACCUUUUUCGCAUUUGUAUUUUCUAUUCAAAUACAAAUGUAUAUUGCAUCUAAAGUCAAGGGCAUUAAAUAUGUGAUAUUUAGAAUGAUAUCUAAUCAGGUUGCCUAUUUUAUUAUUUCGUUAGCAUUUGUUGUUUUGAACACGGCAUUUGGGUUGCCAUUCAAUGAAACUUUUGGUCAUUCGGGGUUUUUAGUAAUUUGGGUUUUUUCAUACUUGUUAAUGUCAGCUAUUGGGAGUGUUAUUGAAUUUUUUGUAUUGAUUGUUUUCGCUUUGAAACCACCCAUGAUUGGAUUUGUUUUGUUAUUCACGGUGGUUUUCAAUCUUGCACCCACAAUUUCACCUAUUGCUUUAUGUCCUAAUUUCUAUCGUUAUGGUUAUGCUAUGCCGUUGAAAAAUUUUUAUGAUCUUUUACAAGUGGCUUAUUUUAAUGCCUGGAAAGGUCAUAUGGGAAGAAAUAUUGGUGUUUUGUUUGCUUGGAUGGUUGUGAGUAAUGCCGCUUUGCCAUUUGUGAUGAAAUGGUUAGCAGACAAGAAGGCCAAAGAAGCAGAACAACAAGCUAAGUUGGAAGAAUCACAGGAUAAUAAAGCUAAUCUAGUAACAGAAAAGAAAUAG